GCGAAGAAUGAAAUUACCUUUCCAUAUUCAGGCACGAGAGUCUGCGGUUUUCUUAUCAUAUUAUACGUGUGGUUACAUUAUACUUUGCUAGAUGGUAUAAGAGCUGGCAAAAGACCUCGGGUCACGUGUUUCACGCUUGUGUUAUUCUGUAGGUAUAGUUUCCGUGCGGUGUAGUUCGGUUUUCUGAAAAUCGUACGUGACUUAAUUUUGCCUUGAGACUUGCUAUCGUCUAAAAUCCAAACUUCUAAACUUGUACAGUGCAAUAUUACAACGUUUAAUGGGAAGCAGCCCAGUUUGGCUGGAUCACCGUACUUGAAACGAAACCUAAUUUACGCGAUAAUUUAUUCUCAAAACGUACUUCGGGAUUAUGACAGCCUCCUUGGAGUUGGGUUGACACGCUGGAAGACGCGGCAAACCAGCGAAGUCGUCGGUGGCAACGCGGGGGACGAAGUGGCGGGCGGACCAUCAUCAAAGGUACCAAUGAUUUCGUCAUCAUCGAUGCAGAUCGCAUCGCCGGACGAAACUUUGGAAAGUUAUGCCCUACCACUGCCACUUCCGGUCCCCGUGACGACGGUUCCGGGAAACGUGGGCUUCUCGACCUCGAAUACGCCGAGCACACCGUCGGGCGCAACGAGACUUCCGGCCAACCUCCUCCUCGCCCUACCUGCCACACCGCAACGUUCCGCCUCCGGCACCAAGGGCCACCAUGAAAAGGGGCCGAGGAGCACCAUCACCAAGGCACAAAUGAAAGAGUUCAGAGAGGCGUUCAGGCUCUUCGACAAGGACGGUGACGGCAGCAUCACCAAGGAAGAACUAGGACGAGUUAUGCGGUCCCUCGGGCAGUUCGCACGCGCCGAAGAGCUUCAGACAAUGCUUCAGGAGAUUGACAUCGACGGAGACGGAAACGUCAGCUUUGAGGAAUUCGUAGAAAUCGUAAGCAACAUGGGAGGAACGAGUGCGGAAGAAGCGACGGAAGAUCAAGAGGAAAAAGAACUCCGCGAUGCAUUUCGGGUAUUCGACAAACACAACCGCGGCUACAUCACCGCCUCGGACCUCAGAGCCGUUCUCCAGUGUCUCGGGGAGGAUCUAUCGGAGGAAGAAAUUGAAGAUAUGAUAAAGGAAGUGGACGUCGACGGAGACGGCCGCAUCGAUUUUUACGAAUUCGUCCAUGCGCUUGGCGAACCGGGGAUUGACGAGGACGAAGAGGACGAAGAAGACGAGCCCCAGUCCCCAGCAGACUAAAUUCUACUGUAUCUUCCGCUUCGAUCUUCUUAGAUAGAAUAAAUUAAAUAUUUGCCGUCGAUAAAGAGCAUCUUUGUGCACCACUGUGUCCCGAGGGAUCGCGAUCUUCAAUCUUCGACCUUCUGUGUGUGAAGGAAAUUAAAAGUUUUCGAAUUUCCCGAAAGUUAUUCAAUGUUUUAUCCUAACGGGGCCACAUCGGCAAUGGAUUUUGUUCAAAUAUUCUUUUGGUGAUAAGAG